AUGGUAUCAAGAGUAUUAAAAAAAGAUUUAGUAAUUAGAUUAUUAAAUCCAAGGAAUGUCAGCAGCAGCAGCAACAUACCACCACUUUCUUUAACCACCACCACUACUUCUACUACGAGUUCAUUCAGUAAUACUGCUAGUAAUACAACAUUUUCAAUAUCAAAUAGAUUACUUUCAACAAUCAUUCAAGAUAAUAAUAAUUUCAACAAGAGAUUAUAUUCAGCUUCAACUAUUGGUGGAUCUUCAAAAUCAAAGUCAAUCGAAGAUAUAUAUCAAAAAAAGACACCAACUGAACAUGUAUUAUUAAGACCUGAUAGUUAUAUUGGUACUAUUCAAAGAAUAGAAGAUGAUCAAUGGGUAUUAUCAAAUUCAGAGUUUAAUCAAGAGACGAAAAAGAAAUCAUCAUCGUCAUCGGCAACACCUGUAGCACCAUUUAUUCAUCAUAUCAAGGCAAAGUAUAUACCAGGUUUAUUAAAGAUAUUUGAUGAAAUUUUGGUCAAUGCAGCGGAUAAUAAACAAAGAGAUCCUGCAAUGUCGACCAUUCGUGUUGAUAUUGAUGCCGACAAGGGAUCGAUAUCAAUCAUGAACGAUGGUCAUGGUAUACCAGUAUCUAUUCACAAGGGUGAAAAGAUCUAUGUCGUCGAGAUGGUAAUGGGUUCAUUGAUGAGUGGAUCCAAUUUCAAUGAUGCAGAGCUCAAGGUGGUUGGAGGUCGUAAUGGUUUUGGUGCAAAGUUGACCAAUAUCUUUUCAUCGGAUUUCAAGGUAGAGACGUAUGAUGCAAAGUCAAAGUUACUCUAUUCACAAAGUUGGAAGGAUAAUAUGGGCAAGAGAGAAGAACCAAUCAUCAAAUCGGUACAUCCAAUGAAUCAACAGGAAUUUACUCGAAUCACAUUCCGUCCAGAUUUGAAGCGAUUCCAUAUGGAGUCACUUCGUGACGAUGAUGUACUCAAAUUGAUGGAGCGUCGUGUCUAUGAUAUCGCAGCAUGUUGUCCAGAUAUCAAGGUCUACUUUAACGGUCAGCACAUUCAAUACAAUUUCCAAUCCUACGUUUCACUAUUCGAACAUCAUCUCUCCAAACAUCAAGAAAAGAAUCCAUCCGACACUGCAGACAACUUUGUGUUUGCAAAUGUUGGUGAUCGUUGGAAGAUUGGGUUGGCCACAAGUGAUACUGGUCAAUUUAUGCAAGUUAGUUUUGUAAAUAGUAUCAAUACACUCAAGGGUGGCACCCACGUCAAUUUCAUUGCCGAUCAAGUGGUUCGUUAUAUUUCAGAUCGUCUCAAAAAGAAAUACAAUGAUUUGGAAAUUCGUCCAAUGAACAUCAAACAUCACUUGGCUCUCUUUGUCAAUUGUCUCAUUGAUAAUCCUUCCUUUGACUCUCAAACCAAGGAAACUCUUACCACAAAAUAUCAAAACUUUGGUUCUCAACCUGAAAUUCCAGAACCCGUCCUCGCCGCCUUUGUCAAGAAUUCUAAAAUCCUUGAAAAAAUUGCUGGUUGGGUUUUAAUGAAACAACAAGCUGAAUUGGUUCAUUCUUCUAGUACUAGAACUUCAAAAGCUUCUUUAUUAAAAAAUAUUCAUAAAUUAGAUGAUGCAAAUUGGGCAGGAGGACAAAAAUCAAAAUUAUGUACAUUAAUUUUAACAGAAGGAGAUUCUGCAAAAUCAUUGGCAGUAUCGGGGUUGGGAGUAAUUGGUAGAGAUAAAUAUGGUGUCUUUCCAUUAAGAGGAAAAUUGUUAAAUGUUAGAGAUGUAACACCAAAACAAUUAUUAAACAAUGAAGAAAUCAAUAAUCUUACCAAUAUUCUUGGCUUGUCACACAAGAAAAAGUAUAUUGAUGAGGAAUCAAUGGCAGACCUUCGUUAUGGAAAGAUUAUGAUUAUGACUGAUCAAGAUAAUGAUGGUUCACAUAUCAAGGGUCUCAUUAUUAAUUUUAUUCACUAUUUCUGGCCAGAACUAUUACAACGUGACUUUGUAGAAGAGUUUGUUACACCCAUCAUAAAGGUAUCAAAGGGAUCGGAAAAGAAGGCAUUUUUCACAAUGAACGACUAUCACAAUUGGGUAAAAAAUUCACAAUCUGGAGUCACCAAGGGUUGGACAAUCAAAUAUUACAAGGGUCUGGGUACCAAUACAAGUGCCGAAGCCAAAGAAUACUUUUCCAAUCUAAAAAAACAUAUUAUCAAGUUUACAUGGAGCGGUGAGCCAAGUUCAAAUGCUAUUGCCAUGGCUUUCAACAAGGAUGCAGUACAAGCACGUCAACGUUGGUUAUUGUCAAGUGACACUACUCAAUUGUCUGUAGACCAUUCAAUCAAAGAAUUAAGUUUUGAUGAUUUUAUCAACAAAGAGUUGAUUCAUUACAGUUGGGCUGCCAAUCAUCGUAGUAUCCCAUCGGUCAUGGAUGGUUUGAAACCUGGUCAGCGUAAAAUUCUUUAUGCUGCUUUUAAAAGAAAGUUGACAAGUGAAAUCAAAGUGGCUCAAUUCUCUGGUUAUGUUGCUGAACAUACUGCCUAUCAUCAUGGUGAACAAUCUCUUUCUUCUACCAUUGUUAAAAUGGCUCAAGAUUUUGUUGGUAGUAACAACAUCCCAUUAUUGACUUCUGGAGGUCAAUUUGGUACUCGUCUUCAAGGUGGUGAUGAUUCCGCUUCACCUCGUUAUAUAUUUACAAAAUUAAAUUCAAUUACUCGUUUAAUUUUUAAUGAUUUAGAUGAUGAUUUAUUAAAAUAUUUAGAAGAAGAAGGAGAAAUGAUUCAACCAAAUUAUUAUGUACCAAUAUUACCAAUGAUAUUAGUAAAUGGGUCAGAUGGUAUUGGAGUUGGAAUGUCAAAUAGUGUACCACUUUAUUCACCAAUUGAUUUGAUUGAUUAUUUGUUAAAUCUAUUAAAUAAUCAAAAGCAAAUGAAAGCACUUGUACCAUGGUACCGAGGAUUUACAGGUACCAUUGUUAGAGGAAGUAAUGCUGUCAAUGGAUCAUUCAAAACAUCUGGUGUGAUUACUCGCGUUGGUCGUACAUUGGUCAUUAGUGAUUUGCCAAUUGGUAAAUGGACAGUCGAUUACAAGGUGGUUUUGAAUGAUUUGGUUGAAAAGGAUUUCAUCAAAAGCUAUCAUGAUGGCAACACUGAAAACAGUGUAUCGUUUACCAUCCACUUUACCAACGAUCAAUUGGAAGAGAUUGACGAAAUGACAGACAAUGAAUUGAUUGACAAGUUCAAACUCAACUCUUCACUUCAUUCCAAUUUGAUGUUGUUUGAUACCAAUGGAAACAUUAAAAAGUAUGAAUCGACCGAAGAAAUUAUCGGAGAGUUCUUCCAGUACCGUAGAAAACUCUAUGUAGACAGAAAAAAGAUGUUACAAGAUCGUCUAAAGAAACAAAUCGACAAGUUUAAUGUUACCAUUCAAUUUAUCAGUCUCAUUGCAUCGGGCAAGGUCAAACUUGGUGGUAAAACCAAACAACUCAUCAUCGAAGAGCUACACAAAAACAAGUUUAAAUUGGCACCCAAUCAAAACCAAGAGGAAAUGUUCAACUACCUAUUUAAUCUUCCCAUCCUCGAUAUGACACAGGAAAAGAUUGAUACACUCACACAAAAUCUUUCAAAACGUACCGAAGAAUUCAAUUUCAUUCAAUCUCAAGAAUCUGAUCAACUUUGGAAAACUGAUCUUCAACAAUUAAAAGAUUUUCUAUUAAAAGAUAAAACUUAUAAAAGAAAAUAA